GUGUAAUUGUGCACACACAGACAGCAGGACUGACGUGAACUGGACCCCAGCGCGCACCCGUCCCGCCGCGGAGCCCCGUCCGGACGCCGGCCCGGUUCGGUCCGACCCGUGGGGGGUGAAACUUGGCUCUGAGCAUGCGGAGCGACUGUGGGGCUGCAGGAAGGSACUGAGCGCAGUUUGGAGCACUCUUUAACCGUUUUCACCCCCUUUUCCCUCUCUCUCCCCACGGAGGAUUUCUCUUCCCCCUCUCUGACUGAUGAUGGGUUCUGUGAUGUUGGACUGGAGGUUCUCUUGUCUUCUUCUGCAGGCAGCUGCUUUGCUGCUGCUCAGCGAGGGGGAGAGGAUGUGCCCCGCGAGUUGUCGCUGCGAAGGCAAGAUUGCUUACUGCGAGUCUGGCGAUCUCCAAGACAUUCCAGUAAACAUCACGACGGGAUGCCAAGGACUGUCUCUGCGCUAUAACAACCUGCUGGUGCUGCUGCCGUACCAGUUYGCCCACCUCAAUCAGCUCGUCUGGCUUUACUUGGACCAUAACGCCAUYAGUGCCAUAGACGCUCUGGCCUUCCGCGGCGUGCGCAGGCUCAAGGAGCUGAUUCUCAGCUCCAACAAAAUCACCCAUCUGCACAACAAAACGUUCAGCGCCAUACCGAACCUGAGGAACCUGGAUUUAUCCUACAAUCAAAUCCAGUCUUUGCAGCCAGGUCACUUCUACGGCCUGCGGAAGCUGCAGAACCUCCACCUUCGAUCGAACGGGCUGAAAGAAAUCCUCAUUCGCACGUUUCUGGAGUGCCGCAGCUUGGAGUUUCUAGACUUGGGCUAUAACCGCUUGCGCGGUUUGACCCGCACUACGUUUUUAGGGCUCUUCAAGCUGAGGGAGCUUCACUUAGAGCAUAAUCAGUUUUCCAGGAUUAAUUUCUACAUUUUCCCACGCCUCACCAACCUCCAGACUCUUUAUUUGCAGUGGAACCGCAUCCGAUCCAUCAGCCAAGGCGUGGCCUGGACAUGGCAGAAGCUUCAGAAACUGGACCUGUCGGGGAAUGAAAUCCAAACGCUGGACCCAAAGGUUUUCCAGUACAUGCCAAACUUGGAAACCCUCAACCUUGAGUCGAACAAGCUGAGCAGCGUGCCGGUGGAAGCCGUGGCGGCGUGGACUUCUCUGACCACCAUCAGCCUGGCCGGGAACGCCUGGGACUGCAGCGCCASGAUCUGCCCUCUCAUGGGCUGGCUCAGAACCCUCAGGGACCCCAAAGACAUCAGUAUGAUCUGCAGCGGGCCCAAAGCGGUGCAGGGCGAGCGCGUGGUGGACGUGGUGAGGAACCACUCGAUGUGCGUGGAUGUAUUCAGCCCGUUUUCCACCACCACGCUCGUCCCACUGAGCUCAGGUCACGCUGGGAGCAGCACGGCGUGGUCCUCUGGAGCUACGGAGCCGACUCCCACUGCGUCACCUUCCCCGAAAUUAACCACCUCACCUGUCCGUCCAACUGGGACAUACAGAAAGACAUCAGCGCCCCCAGCUGUAAGCUCUACGCCUCCUUUCUCUGCUGAAAGCCCUACAAGCUUCAUCCCAGAGCUACAGUUUGAACAUAUGGCUUUCCAUAAAAUCAUUGCAGGCAGCGUAGCCCUGUUCCUGUCGCUGUCAUUGAUCCUGCUGGUUAUUUAUGUCUCGUGGAGGCGCUACCCUAACACCAUGAGGCAGCUGCAGGAGCACUCAGUCAACCACAAGCGCAGGAAAAAGGCCCGCAAGCAGGAGCAGGACCUUAACUCUCAGCUGCAAGAGUACUAUCUGAGUUAUCAUUCAAACUCAGAGACGCUGGAUGCCUUGGUGACCGAGAACAGGCCGUGCACGUGCACUAUAUCCGGAUCCAUAGAAUGUGAGGUGUGAGCGCUCCCGCCUUUGAGACAAACGGCGGGUUUUGCCAAGCGGAGAUAAAGAGGUUUUAUCUCUGAUGUGGGAUGAUAAAUUCUGCUGCACUAAAGGAAGUACUUGGAGGCUCUGCACAAUGUAAUUAUGUGCACAGAAAGGAUGAUUUGAAUGCAGAGAUAUAUUGGGAGAGAGCUAAUUAUCAUUCUGAUUGACAAGAGAACAGUGACGGGGUUCAUCGAGGUUUGCUAUCUCUGAUCCAAACUCCUGACAGUACAAGUCAGCUCUGCUGAGAGACUGGCCUUAUUCUGAGUCAGAUUACAUCGCUAUGAGCCAUUUUUUACAUUCUAGUUUUGUUCUUACUCUGUAGUCUGUGAAGCAUUCAGGAUGUGUGUGUGUGUGUGUGUGUGUGUGUGUGUGUGUGUGUGUGUGUG